CAGCAGCGCCCCUAUCAACGUCGUGACGUCACGGAUCACGUUUUUCCUACUACGAGUCUCUGAAGUUUGAGAAAGUUUGACAAGCCCGAAGAAGAGGAGCACCAAAGAAGAGUUAAGCUCAGUUCGGAGACAAAUAAUCGAUACCAGCGGUGUGUUUCCUCCGGACUAACCAUGGAAUCCGUCGCACAGAAAGUGCUCAACUCGGGCUUCACUCUGGACUUGGGGCCUUUAAAGGAGCCUUUGGCCUUCAUUCGUGUGCUAGAAUGGGUGUUUGCCAUAUUUGCCUUUGCUACAACAGGAGGUUACAGCGGCACAACCAGCAUCCUUAUCCAGUGUCUUGGGCGGGACAGUCAAGAAAUACAUGCAGAGUUUAAUUACCCGUUCAGGUUGAUGCAGCACCCAUAUAAUAUUCCUGAAUGCAGCAAUACAAGUACCACCAGUGUUGCCUACCUGACUGGAGACCACACAUCCUCUGCACAGUUUUUCGUCUGUAUUGGAGUUGGCCUUCUCUACUGUACUGCUACACUGGUCCUCUACUUAGGCUACCAGCACAUAUAUAGAUCUAGUCGUGGCCCCAUUGUGGACCUGUUGAUAACUGGGGCCUUUGCCUUCCUGUGGUUGGCAUCCUCCUCUGCGUGGGCUAAAGGCUUAUCGGAUGUGAAGUGGGCCACAAGUCCUUCAACCAUAGUAACCCUUCUCGGCGGUUUGCCAGGAUCCCAACAAGUGCACCCCAGGUGCUGUCCCUCCAUGGGCCGUCUAAAUGCCUCUGUGAUCUUUGGUUUUCUUAACCUCAUCCUGUGGGGUGGAAACUGUUGGUUCAUUUACAAGGAAACACCUUUCCACAAAUCAGCCGACCAACCAGCAGACGCGGUAGGGGGGAGUCGGACCAUCGUAAAUGCUUCCUCAUUUCUAAAGUCUAACAAGUAGUGUUAUUAAUUGAGUCAUUUUGGUACUAAUUAUUCAAAGAAAAAUACUUAAGGUUAUGAAUUUAUAUUUUCAAAACCAAGGGCUCCUUUUUGCUCUGUAAUCUUUUAUAUUUAGUGCUGUGUUGACGUCAAUCCAUUUGGAAAGUAAAAACGAGUUGUUAGUAGUCAAACAACUACUGGAAACUGUAGUAGUUGAAAAAGCCCUAAGACUUUUUUUAACCCUGGUAACAAAAAAUACCUGUCAAGUAGCUCAUAUGUAAGACAGAUGUGGAUUUAGUAUUUUUUUUGUGAUUAAUCAUAAUGAAGCAUUACUUUGUCAACCUGUUUACAGCCAAAAAUAUAUCUGCACAAAACAUCCCUUCUGAAUUAGCUAUUUAUAAAAAAUGUACCUCAGGGCCAUUCAGUUUAUGAAUAAUAAAAUACCUGGUUAUAUAAAAACUCAAAGAAAACCAUUAUUAACACAAGUACAAUCACAUUUCAGUUCCAUCCUUAAACACCUGUAGGCAUCAGAAUUUUGUGUUACAAAUGAAAUGGCAAAUAGUUAACAAUUACAUUUAGUUGCCUUUAUGAGAUUACUUAUAAUGGCUGUAAGUUCUUAUUGUGCCUUUUGUGUCAUUUUACAUCUCUUCAUCUCACUCUUUAACUUUAAGCCACCAUUGUGACCUAGCAGCUGAAUAGUAUAUUGAAUGUAAUGGCAUAUCUGCUUAGAACACCUCUUAUGAUUGUAACAUUUAAACACAUAACACUUCUGAGGUAGAAAAUUGUGAUGUUUUCCCCAUUGAGGACGGUUUUUUUUUUUCCUCUGCCUUGUUGAUAUGUUUAAUUAAUGAAAGACAAAACCCAAACAAGGUCCUCGACGCCAAAUGUUCUAUCUGCUAAAUAGUGUUGUUACAAUUUAUAGUUGCUGUUAUAAUUGACUGAUCUGUUACCUGUUAUUAACUGAUUGCACCAUCAAUUGUCUUUAAAAAAAAAACCUGCCUCAGUUACUGUUGUUAAAGGCAAGCUGUUUUCCUCUGUUACUUGCAUCAUUAUUAUUUCCUUCUUCAAUACAGCCCUGCUUGGUUCACAGUUUUACGCAGGAUCAAACACUGUGUUGAUAAAUGUCACAUAGAUGAGACUGAAGUUCCUUUGAAAGACCAGGAAGAUAUUGCUUGGACAUAAAAUGCUGUGCAGCAUUAAAUCCAUUACUGGA